AUGUUUACGAGAUCGGGAGUUAUUCUCCCCAUUCUGUUUGGCCUCCUCACUCUGAGCCUCCCCGUGUUCUCGAAACUUGAUCGUAAAGAGACACCGUUAGAUGUCUGUGCACCUUGCGAUGAAUCAAAGUGUCCACCAGUAACUAUGUGUCCAGUUGGUGAAGUGAAAGACUACUGUGGAUGCUGUUCCGUCUGUGGUCUUGAACAAGGACAUCGAUGCAAUACAAGGCAAGAGCUACAGGAUAUAUUCUCCGGAAAGAGGCGACAUGGCUACUAUGGGGCUUGUGGAAGACACUUGGAGUGUCAACCACGAACAGAUAUCGAUGAAAAGUCGGAGGUAGAGAAUAUCUGUGUCUGCGUCAAGCCUGGCAGAUUCUGCGCAAGUAAUGGAGAGACAUAUUCAGCUUGUGAACUCGAAGCUGUUCAGGCUAAAUCGUUCGGUGAGAUCUUCCUCAUCUCCUAUGAUGACUGCAAAUCUGGUGAGCAAUUUAUUAACUUCGAAAACCUCAAAAAUAAGUUUUCUAGGAAGAAAUAG